AUGUCUCCAAAACGGAAGAAGACAGGACAUGGUGACGACCCACCCAGGGCGAAGAAGACCAGAUCAGAGGAUACUCCUGAUGACGAUACAACCAAGACCGAUGUCAGCUGGUUCAUACCAAAAGAAAAGGGAAAGAACAUCUACAAAGAGAAAUGCGCAGCCGAGUAUGCCCAAAUCCUCUAUGAGAAAGCGCGAGAAGAGAUAAGUCCGCAACAAGCACCUUUGUUAGAUCCGCAAUUCCGGACGCCAGUAUUCCAAAAGCAAGGCAAAGAUCUGCGAGCGGGAGACAAGUACAGGCCCAGCGCGUCUUUGCGCAACCUGUUCAACGAUAUCAAGAGUAGAAGUAUUGAUAAGGAAGAGGGCCAUAGCAUCACUCAUUUCCAGCAGCAGUUUGGCGAUGACGCAAACAUUGCAGUAGUGCUCUCAAGAGCGGAGGACAACGCUACUUUUGUUCUGAAUGAAGACCAACGUUUGGAAGUGACUGUGAACGAUGUGACUGCACAUGUGGAUUUUAUCCGACGGAACUCAUCAGAGGAUGGCAGCCCAGCCGGUUACUUCAUUCAACUCCCUCUCAAUACGUCAGUCACAGUAAACGGAACUACAUACACCAACAGUGACGACUCAUCGUCCAUGCCUUUUUACAUUGGGCCGCUCGAAGGGUACGCAAUCAUUGAACUACUGUCGCAACCAGCGUUCUUCUUCAGAACUGCAGCAAGCUUGAAAUACACUUCGUCACACAGGGCGGUACCUCAAGAAGAGCUCGAUCGUCGCGAUGGAAAUGGGGAUAUUGCUUUGGGAAAUACGAGGGUGCAAUGGAGGCCUAUUGGAGCUUCACUAUCGCCAGCGGGAUCGGCAAAUCCGAGCGUCCCAGAAGAGGUAGAACAAGAGUCAGAGGAUGACUUCAUCGACACGUUUACAGAUGGAGGAGAGCCAAUCAAAGAUAUUGGUGCGUAUAUGCGAACUCAGCUGUUGUCUCAUCAACAAAGCCGAUAUCGCGAGCUCAUUCCCAGAGUUCUUGCUUCGGUGAACUAUCGACAGAAAGAAGCUACCGGAUUCAGUUGCCAGCAUGAAGGACAGACUUUCAGACCCGGAAGGACGCUGUUGCAGCCGAUCGAGGUGGAAGGGAACUAUCUGUUGCUCGCUGCUCAAAUCCAUGCCGACAAGCACAUCACACUCGAAGUCCUAGAUCCUAUGACGUGGCGAUCAAGGCUGUCUAGUCGAAAAGCUAUCGAUGAACACAUCAGGGAGACUUUGCGAAGCUCCACAUGGUGGCGUCAUGUAUUUGACUCAUUAGAACAAUUGGAAGAGAACCUGCCCGAGGCCAUAAUGUGGGUACCGGCUGCCCAAGUCACGACAGGCGAUGGAAGCUUCACGUACACCGUCUUGAACGCAUGGGCGCUGGCGAUGGGCCUCGCACCAAACCCGUCGUUCACAUCCAGCGCUCAUGGUCACGAAUCGUUCUUCAUCCGAGCCCAACAAAUCUUCGACCUGGCCCUUCAAGACAAGCUGAACUGGAGGGUGUUACUCGCCUUUUUCCGCUGCACCGAAUUUGUUAAGCCCAGCGAGGGCAGCGAGGAUGAUGAAGAGGCAAAUCUCCCGCAUCUAUCAAGGCGAUUUGAUCUUUGUGACCGCUCCUUCCAGAAGCUAAUCGCUCGUCAAACGGCUGCAGACGCCGCCGCCGAAGGCAAGAAGAUUGAUAUGGAGCUGGUUACUCUGGGACUAGAACAUGGGAUGCGCCAUGAUCAAGCCUUCGCUGCCGAUUCACUAAGCGAGCUUGAACGGACCAACCUCACUUCCAUCGUCCGUGAUGGCCAAUGGAACUUCGCUGAUACAGAAGAGAAGCUGAAAAAGCGUCUGGAUGAACGCAAGGAGCAAAAAAUGUCGGAUAUGUCGUUGACAAAAACAACGCCACCACCACCACCGCCGCCUCAUAAAUCGACUCCAGAUACCGAGGAGAUUACGGUCGACUUUGAUCCUUGUAAGCAUCUUCACGAGCAUAUUAAAUUGCUCGAAGAGCAGGGGAAGAUUGAACCAAAAGUCGGAAGUGAAAUCGACGAAGCAUUGCCAUCCAGGUGGAGUCAAGCUGUCUUUGGAUACAUCGAGCCCGUUGUACGAGCUAUCAACGAUUUGCUCUCGCCUGAGCGGCCUCAGCGGGGCUUCACAGUGGCAGACCUGAACGGUAGUAGCAGAUACGCAGAUGAUUCUGGCGUCUUGGACACGGUGGUUAUGAUGGUCUGCCAACUGGAAGAACACGUCAUACUAGUAGUCUUGCAGCAUGAGGACACAUCCAAAGAAGCUCCUGAUGUAUCACGCGUCAUGGACUCCGCACCAUGGACUGCCACGGCGGUGGAGCGCGUCCGGAUCCACGACCUACUGGUUGAAGCGGGGAUGUUAGCAGUUGACCCUACUGCAGACAAAGUGAGUAGUUUCGUCGGGCCAGUACUAAAAUGGAUGCCGGGUCCUCAGCAAGCAAGAGUAGAGGAAGCUGGGUAUUUUGCAAUCAUGAGUGCAUGGGCUGUACUACUUGGUCUACCCAUCAAUCCCGAAUUCCGCAUAGGCGCAGAUUUCUACGACAGCGCACUUCCUCUGCUCCAGGCAGUGAUGAAAGCACAUGCAGACUGGAAGCUGAUCUGGGCCUUCUUGCGUUGCGUGGGUUAUACUCAGUCCGAGCAGCCGCCUCCGAUACAGCGUCGAUUCAAAGCGACAAGGCCUGCUCGUGGCCCUCGUAUCACCAGAGGCAACAGAAAGACAAAGCGCUCGAUUGAGACUCAGGCUUGCCGUGACAUCAACUAUCCGCAUUUUCCAGUGAACACUGGUGUAGCGCAUACUGAAGCUUUCCCGUGGGAUAACUACGACAAGCCGGAUAGGUCAACGCGUAUACCCGAGUUGAUCACGUCUGGAAUGUACAGCAAGGUCCUGUCAAUUGCUCCCGCACCCUCAGGUGGCUCCAAGGGCGAUUAUCCCAAACCGUCAAACAAUGGCGAUAAACCACUGGGCGACCCCGCUCGUCCUCAAAACCCCGGAGAAGGUACCAAAUCUGUAUCGGAAAAGACCAAAGAGACUUCCGGUAACCCCAAAGAAAAGUCAGCGUUGCCAGAAAACUUUGACCCGUGCGAAUACUUCAACCAACAGCGAAACGCGCUUCUGAGUGAUCCGGCCGUAGCAGCAGCAGUAGAAAGUCUUCGAAGUCGUGCAACCACCACAUUCGGACUGUGGCUCAAGGAUGAAGAGGUGUCCUUGGCCAUCGCAGCCGUGACGCUCGGCAUAACGAAUGCUCAGGACCUAGAGGGCGGGUUCGGUUGUUUGGACCAGACUGCAGUUCAAUACUGUCGGCACGAGAAUCCUAUGUUGAUGCAGCCUACGAUUCGACCGGGACGGCCGUUGAUAGUACCGGUGAAUAUUGACAACCAUAUCAUCUUGGUGGUUAUUCAGUUUGACGGCUCUAAGAAGGAGCCUACACCUACGAUCUCCAUCCUAGAUUCUAAAUCUCACAACUAUAGCUUCGAACGACGUGCUCAUAUUUUCGACACAGCUCGAAACAUCUUUAUCGCCUCGCGCUGGGGCCGGUUUCCCAAUCUUCCGGACGAAGGUGACUUACGCCAAUACACCCGGGAGGCAUUGCACGCUGAGUGGAUACCCGUAGCCCCACAACCUACGGAUAAUGAGUGUGGUUACUAUACCAUAUUGAAUGCGUGGACGCUGGCUUUGGGACUUCAACCCAACAUCAAUUUCUUCCCAAGUUGGACAGCACAAUUCUUCCAAGACCUCAUUGAUGUGAUCCACAUCGCUCGUGUUGGACGAGCAGACUGGAGACUGAUAUAUGCGUUUCUCAGAUGUAAAGAGUUCGUCGACAAUGCAGCAGCCGUGCCCGAGGAUCGCCAUUUUGAACGGACCGAGAAUUUGCCGCGCGAUGAAGCACUAGAAUCGGUAUUGGAUCGUCUGGAAGAGUCAGAGCGCCGCGAAUGGGAAGAAAGGGAUCCAGAUUUCCCCAAACUAGCUAAGGCAAACAGAACACAUGUUGUCCCAGGGAAGCGACACGACAAGGUAUGGCCAUCAGACGACUGGACGGAAGAGGCAAGGAAGGAGUACGUGAAGGAUCUCGAACGCUGGGGAAAACUUGUUCUUGAUGCGGACAGCAAAGGACUUGAAGAGCAGUGGCAACAACACUUUUUGAUGCAUGGCGUGGAAUUUGAGAACCAGCUGGAACACAUACAUGGCAAACUAAAGAACCGGACUUUGGAUAUCACCAAGGACAUACUUCCUCACUACAGGGAAUUCCUCAACAAAUUACAUCCACCGGGUCUGAAUGUGCAGAUCGAUCACUUUCCCUGUGCCUGGGUAUCAGACGCUAUAAACCUUUACGAUUGUAUCCUGAACUACGAACCGUUGGCACAAAGCUUCUCUAACGGGAUGCGAGAGGAGAUCAAUAGACAAGAAUGUCAACCGUGGGAAAUAAAUAUGGCUAUCGCUGCCGUGAUCGAGGCAAUCGAUGACAAGCAGCGAGAGCUUCACAGGAUGAACAGCGCUGACGGUCAGCCAUUUGCUGGGGGGUUUUCGAUGGCCCCAAAUGACGCGUUAAGAGAGGCGCUACUUAAACCACUGCCAGCAGAUCAUCCUGUGGCAUCGAGACCUAGGAGAUGCUGGUUUAUGCCUCUGAAUGUGAGCGGACCACUCCUAGAACGGGCCAACGCAUGGCAGGAGACGAAAGGCCAUAAAGUGAAGCGCCUGUCAACAGGCGGAGGUCAUACAUUGCUCAUGGUACUGCAAGAGCGAGAUGACCAACCGAAUACAAAUCAUCUGAGCGUCGAUACUUAUACCCUUGAUAGUCAUCCGGCCAUCUUGGAGAACGCCCACGAGUUCUUGGGCCGUUCCGUUCUGAGAGCAGCUGGACGUCUUGGUUGGUCCUCGCAUCGUAAUACCGCGCAAGUUGCAGGCUUCAAUCAUAGAUAUCCUGUACCAAAGCAGCAGAAGGGCGGAUUCCAAUGUGGCUACCACGUUUUCGUAAACGCCUGGAUACUCGCAAUGGGUCUCACACCAGAUACCAAAAGGGGCCCAUACAACGAGAAGAUCUAUUUUGAGGCAUGGCUUUUCGCUAGGGCUGCAAUAGCGGGAUUACUCGACUGGAAGGCAUUGGUAGCUUGGUUCUUCUGCCGGAAGUUGACAGUGGAGAGGACUUAUGAAGCUGUACCCGCAAACAGGCGCUAUGAAGGUACUGUCCCCCAGGUGCCGGAUCGGCCUGAUGAUGUACCGGAAGCACAAGGAGAGGGCGAAUUGCGAGACCAUGUGCAACAACGGUACGAUGCGGAUGACCGACCUCUAGCGCUGUUAUCGGUUGAAGAUGCCCCUUACGAUCGGUCUAACAAUAUUGUAUGGCCCCCUUCUAAAGGCAAGGAACAGGAGGACCAAGGAAAGAGCCUGGACAGAAGCUAUGACGACGCGGAUCUAGAGUUCUUCGAAAACCAGGCAGGUGUAAAGCGCAAGUCGCGUGAAGAGAUUGACGAUGGCCUCGGUCGCUUUGAUAGUUCGCACGCGACUGUUGACAGUCGUGUGAGAGAUACGGUUCAUUCGUCCUUUUCCAGGAAAAGGCAGCGCCUAAGCGACAGCCUGUCUUUCCUUGACGGGUAUUAG